AUGUGUAUGAGUCAUGAGACUAUUACUACAAAGAGAAGUGAUGAAAUAUCCCAUUAUUACAAUAUUACAUCUAAUGCAAACUGCACUGAAAAUGCUGAAUUUCCUCAAUGCCUCAGUUGGGAACUUGACAUCAGUAAUGUGUAUCAUCCUGUGAUUAGUGCACUUGUUGAUUCAUCUGACAAUGUUAGACCUAACUUCAGUGAUCACGACUUUCUUACAGAAAUAUGGAUUCGUAAACCUGACUGGCAAAUAGCAUUGACAGUGUUAGCUUUUCUACCAUUUGUUAUUGUAGGAGUGUUUGGAAAUGCACUUAUUAUUUACGCGGUUGUUUCACGCUGUGUUUUACGGACUUCCACAAAUCUGCUCUUGGCCAACAUGGCAGCUGCAGAUGCUGCUACAUUACUUGUCUGUCCAGCUUUAUUUGUUUGCACUGCCUCAUUUCAGAAUUAUAUCUUGGGAAAAGUGGGAUGCAAAAUGGAAGGCUUCAUUAAC